AUCACUCCUAGCUAGCAUAUUACACACAAAGGCUGAAGCUAUUAGUUGUUUUACUGUUGAAGAAUCGAGAGGGGAUGGCCGAGUCUGUUCCGACCACGACCAGUGGCGAUGGACCUUUUAGUUACGCAAAAAACUCAGAUUUUCAGAAAGACAGUGCAAAUUUGGUGAAGGAGAUGAUCCAUGAAGCCAUCAUCGAAAAACUGGACGCAGACAUGUCGAGCUCAGUCAGCCUCGUAGAUUUAGGAUGCUCCGUGGGUCCAAACACAUUCCUCGCCGUACAGAAUAUGAUAGAAGCACUCCAAACAAAAACAAGUGCUUCGCAGCAGCUCGAGUUCGAGGUUUUCUUCAACGAUCACGCCGCCAACGAUUUCAACAAGCUCUUCGCCUCCCUCCCGCAGAGCAAAUACCACGCGGCCGCUGUGCCAGGAUCAUUCCACAGCCGCCUCUUCUCCCGCGGCCGCAUCACUUUGGCCUAUUCUUCCUUCACUCUUCACUAUCUCUCCAAGGUGCCGGACGAAAUCAUCAACACCAAAUCACCCGCAUGGAACGAGGGCAGAAUCCACUACACUAGCCCAGACGCGUCCCCACAUGUGGCGAACGGAUAUUUGGAGCAGUUCAAGAGGGAUUUGAGGGCUUUCCUUAGUGCGAGAGGAGAGGAGAUAGUGAAAGGAGGGUUAAUGUUUCUGAUCAUAGCUGGAUUAGCAGAAGGCCUCACUCACUCGCAGAGUUCUUACGCUGUAAUCUUUCGUCUUCUUGAAUCUAGCGUACUGGAGCUAGCUAAUGAGGGAGUGAUCGGGAAAGGUGAAGUCGAUGGGUUCAACUUGGCGUUUUACUUCCCAUGUAUGGGGGAGGUGAGGGAGGUGAUAGAGGAGGACGGGUGUUUCAGCGUCGAGAGAGCGGAGAUGGUGAAUCCGAGGUCGAAUAUUAGUGCACGUGCCAUUGUAGGCCACCUGAGAGCUGGGAUGGAAGGAAGCUUUAAGGAACACUUUGGAGAGAGUGUGAUGGAGAAAGUGUUUGGAAGGGCUUUAGACAAAGCUGAUGAGGUUUCCGACCUGUUGGAGGCGUCCCUGCGCGACUCACCUCAACUGUUUUACGUCUUGAAACGUAAAUAAUUUACCUUCACGUUAGUAUCAACUGUUCGAUCCAUGUUUCAAUCAAAGUAGCCCAAGAGAAGACGAAUAUAAUGUUGAGUUAUGGUCCAAAUGGAGGCAGUGUUUGUAUUGAAAUCGAAUUUAUAAAAUAAAAAUAUCUAUUAUGCAAA